AUGUCUAUCCUCGCCUACCAUCCUCCCGCCGAGCUCCUAGCCCAGUCACAGUCCGACAGCUCUUGCAAUUUCCCUGCCGAUUUCCACAUCCAGAACUUCGUGGCCAAGACGAAUGAGACCGGCCCAGCUGCCACUCUAAGUGCAUACAACUUCACCUUUGUGGACAAAACCACGAGCGUCACCACGCGCUGCUCCUUCAACUCGAGCUCCGUUUCCACCACGCCUACAGGCCUGACACCACGAUACGCAUGUGCUGAUGGGGACGUCAAAUUCAUCUGGGACAAUGCCCACAGGCAAUUGACCGUGGUCGAGAGGAUCUGCCCAAACGCAAAGGGCAUUGAUUCGUACGAAGUGUCCGGCUCAGCAGUCAUCGCUCUGUCUUGUACCGGGUCGGGAAGCUGCAGCACCAACUCGACCGAUCUCGAUGUACAAUACACUGCGCUGGAUCCCGUCCAAGAUCCCACUCUGCGCGUCAAGUAUUGGGUGAGCUAA